GUGAGGCGGCGGCGGCGGAGCUCGGAGGCGGCCCCGGCGCAGGAUUUUUCACUCCCAGGGUGUGGCCAGAUGGAGAAGGAGGAAAAGUCCUGGAGAUCCCGCACAAGGAGUGGCAGCAAACCCAGCCCAGGGAGCUGCGGGGAGGAAAGAGCCCCCCUGAGCCAGGAAGGCGGGCGGAGAUCCAGCCGGAGCUCGGAGCUGGUGGAGAAGUCUCAUGGCAGGGAGAAGCCCCACAAGUGCUUGGAAUGUGGGAAGGGUUUCAGGCGGAGCUUGGAUCUGAUCCAGCACCAGGUGAUCCACACUGGGGAACGGCCCUACGAGUGUGAGGAAUGUGGGAAGAGUUUCCGCUGGAGCUCCAGCCUGAGACUUCACCAGAGGUUCCACACCGGGGAGAGGCCCUUUGAGUGUGGGGAGUGUGGGAGGAGCUUCAGCUUGAACUCCAUCCUGAUCCAACACCAGAGGAUCCACACUGGGGAAAAGCCCUUUGAGUGUGGGGAAUGUGGGAAGAGCUUCCGCCAGAGGGGCCCCCUGAUGCAGCACCAGCUAAUCCACACUGGGAAAAAGCCCUUUGAGUGUGGGAAAUGUGGGAUGAGCUUCAGCCAGAAGGGCCACCUGAUGCAACACCAGAGGAUCCACACUGGGGAAAAGCCCUAUGAAUGUGGGGAAUGUGGGAAGAGCUUCAGGCAGAGCUCUGGCCUGAGGAAACACGAGAGGAUCCACACUGGAGAAAAGCCCUACGAGUGUGGGGUGUGUGGGACGAGCUUCAGCCUGAACUGCCAGCUUACGGAACACAAAAAGAUCCACACUGGGGAAAAGCCCUACAAGUGUGGGGAAUGUGGGAAGAGUUUCAGAGAAAGCUCAUCCCUGAUUCGGCACCAGGUGAUCCACACCGGGGAACGGCCCUACACCUGCUUGGAAUGUGGGAAGAGCUAUGGGUGGCACUCCGACCUGAGAAAACACCAGCGCAUCCACACCGGGGAGAAGCCCUACGAGUGUUCUGAGUGUGGGAAGAGGUUUCAGAUCAGCUCCAGUCUCCUCGUCCAUCAGCGGAGUCACACAGAUGAGAGGCCCUUCCGCUGCCCUGACUGCGGGAAGGGCUUCAAGGACAACUCCCACCUCACCGUGCACCGGCGCAUCCACACCGGGGAGAGGCCCUACAAGUGUGGGGAGUGUGGGAAGAGCUUCUCCACGAGCUCCACCUUGACCAAACACCAACGGAGGCGCCACUAAGGGGGGAAACCCUGUGAGUUCUCCAAGGGUGGGAAGAGCUCCUCCCAGCUCCAUUCCCUAUGGGAGGAUCCACGUUGGAUGAUCUCCGAUGACCCUCAUUGGGCAGAGAACUCGUGAUCUAUGGGCCUGGUCAUCUGUGUUGGGAAGACACUUGGCUGGGAGGCUCCACAUCUUCCUCGUGCCCUGUAAGCACCUAGAUAAACCCAGUGGCAGGAACAUCCAUUGGGGCACAGACCAACAAUGGGAAUUCCUUGGGGAGAGCAGAUUUAUUCACUUUCAACUCCAUAAAAUCUUUUGCCUUCAAUCCUAUCUUCUGGUGGCAUCAAGGAAUACUGAAUGGUCUUGGAGGUAUGUCCUGGGUUGACUGUAUGAUGCUUGUAUCCCCGGCUGUCUGUUCUGUUUACGGUGAAUAAUAAGUUUUUCACCUUUAAGACUUGUUCCGAGAGCAAAGGCGGGAGAGAAGGGCAGAGUUUGUUUUCAGAAACUGCACUCACUCCUCCACAUUUCUGCUCCUGGGCUGGGUUGUCUGCAGAUGGACAGACAGCGGGACAGAGCUCUCCUUUGCUGUUAAUUAGUUUUAGCUAGCUGUGGCAGAGAAGUUCCUUGGACUGUGGGUUUUUUUCCCUUUUCUUUGGACCUGUUUAAACCUGCUCUGGCCUGAACACCCAGAAGAGCACGGGCAGCUCACACCUGUGGCUCAGUGGGCCAGGCCUGGACUGCGGCAUUUCCAGCACUGGAGGGACUGAUAAAGAGACUGAGUGAUCUGAGCUACAACCCACGGAGGAACUUUCUGAGUUUAUCUCUCUUUUAGAGCAGCAAGAGGUUUUAUUGUUUAAUGUUGUUUAGGUUUUAUUGUUUAAAAAACAGUUUUUUCCACUUUCCUCCAAGGAGGUAUUUUUCCCAAACCAGUUGGGGGAGGGCUGAUAUAAUCUGCUUUCUAGAGGAAUCCCUUUGGGGGUUCUCUCCCAAAUUUGCUCUGAACCAGGACAAGGUCUUUUCCAGCUUCAGAGAUUCCAUUAUUUUAAUUUCCUAUUGCCCAAGGGUGUGUUUUGCAGCCAGAUGGUGGAAAAACUGGGGAAAAGACCAAGAUUUUGGAGACAGUGGGGUAGAAACUCCCAAAAAAGGUUCUUCCCUCCACCCAAGCACAUGGAUCCUCAGCCGGCGUAGACACGGAAGUCUUUUUCUUUUGGCUUUGAUUUUGUUUUCAUUUCUCCUUAGCCCUUUAAAAUAUCCAAUACUGAAAUAAAAAUAGACAUUGAACUAAGAAGUGGAUGUGGUCAUGUUAGGACACAGACAUGGUGGGACACGUGUAAGAAUGUGCCCCGUGUUGACAGAGUAAACAAGUUACCCUUUGUUCCCUUGAAAAGGAAAAAAGCCCAGAAGUUUCUCUCCUCAAUUUGGUUAAAAGACACUUCAUAGGACCUUGGGGACUUCACUUCAAACUUAAGGGUAACUCAUUGGACAGGAGCCAAAAAGUCCCACCUAAGCAAUUCCCUAGAAAAGAAGAGAACAAAAGAAGUUAAUUGAAGUGUUUUAGCAGAAGCAAUAACCUCUUGCCCUGACUCGGCUUUUCUCUGUAAAAAGCUUUUUUAUUUUUGCCUUUUAUUAAAACUUUUUAUUUCCAACA